AUGCGGAAUUUGGUUACCUUAAAUACGGGCAGAUUCCAGCCAAAACCGGUUUUCCACGAUGAUUUAGACCUCAUAACAAGUGAAUUCGAUAAUUUGACCGAAAGCAUCACAUGUGUGCUGGGAUCUUACGAUUUGGGCGUUAUUGAAAUUCAGCAAUGCAUGAAGGACGGUGCAGUUAACGUCUUGGCGAGUUUUAAUUUAGCGACGCUCAAUGACAAGAUUUUGAGCUUCGUGCAUUUCGCAGAUCUGGGCCAACUCGUGCUGGUGAUGCAACAAGGGGAUAUCAUAACCGUGACGUAUGGUGGUACUGACGGUGUGAUAGAUGCUGAAUCUGCUAUUGUAGAAAUUGUCGGUAGCAUUGACGAUGGGAUCUUGGGUGCUAAGUGGUCGUACGAUGAGGAAACGCUUGCGCUCGUCACUGGUCAACGCAACGUGGUUUUGUUAAGUCGACAGUUUGAACCCAUUGCAGAAUACAGAAUCGACUCAGAGGAUUUGAAAAUGUCGAAACACGUCGACGUUGGAUGGGGCAAAAAGGAGACACAAUUUCGUGGUAAAGGUGCCCGUGCCAUGGAGAAGGACGCUUUGCUGAGUCUGAGGGCGUCUGGACUAGUUGGAAAUGAACUUCGAGACCCCACGAUGCCAUAUGCGGUCGACAGUGGCGAAAUAAGUGAAGCAGACAGAGGAAAAGUUACGAUAUCAUGGCGAGGCGACUGUGAGUUUUUCGUAAUCUCUACUGUAGAUGUUAUAACCAAUCAAGAGGGCAGGGAAAUUUUCAGGAGAGCUCUACGUGUAUUCACAAGAGAUGGUAGCCUCGACAGCGCCUCGGAGCCCGUGACUGGACAAGAGUUUCCUUUAAGUUGGAAGCCUCAAGGUGCUUUAAUAGCUAGCAUACAACGCAACAUCUGCAGUGCUGAUGAAAGCUCUCUGAAUGUUAUAUUCUUUGAGCGCAACGGUUUGAGACACGGCGAGUUCGAUACUAGACUACCAAUCGAUGAGGAAGUGGCAGAUUUAUGCUGGAAUUGUACAAGUGAAGUGUUGGCCGUUAUUCUUAAGGACAGAAUCCAACUUUGGACUUCGAAAAACUAUCAUUGGUACUUGAAGCAGGAAGUUCACUCAAGUGGAGUCGCUUUUGCGAAAUGGCACCCUGAGAAAGACCUCACUUUACUAUUCGGUAAUGAGAGUUACGUCAACAUAUCGAACUUUUCUUACAAACUUUCUUUAGGGCCAUUGUUAGAGCCUUUCGACAACGGGACCGUUCUUGUUACUGACGGGAACGUGGUGAAUAUCACCCCGUUGGGAAUGGCGAACGUGCCGCCCCCUGAAUAUUACAGAGACUUUUCCCUUCCCGAUAAUGUUGUUGACACUGCUGUCAGUUUAUCUAAUGAAAACUUCUCUGUAUUGACAAGGGACGAGGUUGCUCUCGCCAGUGUCCCAAGUUUGGAAGACAUGCGAAGUGGUUCACAUCCCUUGCUGGUAUCGAAAAUCUCAAAGACAGAGUUCGCUACAGAAUAUGACACUCUGAGGCAGGUGGCCUUCGUGAAUGACAGCCUUGUGGGAGUUUUGAUGGAUUCCGAAAAGUUAUCGCACAUUGCAUUGAUCGACGUCUCUGAUACAAAUCAACCAACGUUUCUGCAAAUGGUAGAAACGUUUACGAAAGUUGUUUUGCUCAAAUCUUCCUUCGACUAUAAUCACUUGGUUUACGAAACAAGGGAUGGCCAAGUCUUUCAAGUCGAUCAGGAGGGCCAAGUUUUGCCCAUCGCCACCUUCCCUCAGGUAGUUAAAGAUUUUAGAGUUCGUCGAGUUGAAAACAAGACAGGAAGUAACAGUGGAUCCUGGGAUACGAACAACUCUAAGACUGUUGCAUUUGGACUGAGUGAGAAUGGAAGAUUGUACGCGAACGAAACACUCUUGACUUCAUCGGUCACGUCGUUCGAGAUAGCUGGUAAUAUUCUUUUGUUCACAACCGCACAACAUUAUUUGCAAUUCGCUCAUUUGAACUCUACCGAAUUCAAGCAUUUGCCACCUAUUGAAGAAAAUGUAAAUGACGAGAGGAUCAGGACCAUUGAGAGGGGGUCUCUCUUAGUCACAGCAAUGUCGUCCAGAUUUUCGGUGGUACUGCAAGCACCCCGUGGUAAUCUAGAAACAAUUCAUCCACGAAUUAUGGUGCUUGCUGCUGUUAGAAAAGACGUUCUGGCUUGCAAAUAUGGCGAAGCUUUCCAAAUUUGUCGUACACAUAGAAUUCAUUUGGAUAUUCUUCAUGAUUAUGCGCCUCAGCUGUUCUAUGAUAACUUACCGCACUUCAUAACUGAUAUUGGCCGAGGCGACUAUUUGGACUUGUUCAUUUCAUGUCUGACGGAAGAAGAUGUUACCGUCACAAAGUACAGAGAGACUCUGAAUGAUGCUAUUGACUUUACUUUCGAAAAGGACCAGGAGCCACCCACUGAAAUGGAAGCUUACAUGAAAAAGAAAAUGUUCGAUCCCAAGAAAUCCAAGGUUAAUCGAAUUUGUAAUGCAAUCUUGAGUAUUCUUCUUGAACACCCGGAGUUGAAGAAGCAGUUCCUACAGUCUAUCAUAACUGCUUAUGCUUGCCAGAAUCCUCCAAACCUAGCAAGUGCUUUAUCACUAAUAGCUUCGAUUGAGGAAGAAAAAAAUCGGGAUUCACUACUAACUUAUCUCUGCUUUUUGCAGGAUGUUAACAAACUUUACCGAGUCGCUCUGUCCCUUUAUGAUAUCAAGCUCACUUUGGAAGUGGCCCAGAAGUCUCAGAUGGAUCCUAAAGAGUACCUACCCUUCCUACAGAGACUUCAUGAAUGUGACACUUUGAAUAGAAAAUUCACCAUUGACGAUUACUUGAAAAAUCAUGAGAAAGCCUUGGAUCAUUUGAUUGGGAUUGAAUCACACGAGGACGAAGUCACAGACGUCCUGGUAGAUUAUGUCGAGAGCCACGAACUCUACAAAUAUGCCCUGAACGUUUUCAAGGAUGAGAAGGCGAAGCAGAAUACCAUUUUUCAAUCUUACGCAAUGCAUCUUUUGUCCAAGCAGAAUUACGAAGAAGCAGGAGCAAUUUUCGACAUGCUCAACGAAUCAAAAGAUGCUAUGAAAGCUUACGCUCUCGGUAAAAAAUGGAAGGAAUCCUUAGCAUUGGCCAAACUCAAAUUUCCGGGAGAUAUCGAACGCGUUGCGCAAGAAUUGGUUGCGUCUCUGUGCUUCGAUCACAGAUACGCAGAAGCAGCUCAAAUCGAGCUUCAUUAUCUGUGUAGAGUCACAGAAGCAAUCACUCUCUUUUGCAAGUCCUUCUUCUAUGACGAAGCCAUUUUGACCGCCAUCAAUUCCAAACACGAGGAGUACAUUGCCAAGCUGGUUGAUCCGGCCCUUGGGGAGGGCUUUGGUACCGUGACUGAGCUACUAGCAGAUUGCAAGGGCCAAAUGAAUUCACAGUUGAGAAGACUGCGCGAGCUUAGAACCAAAAAGCAAGAAGAUCCCUACGCAUUUUAUGGAGAAGAAACUGGUCAUGAUGAUGAUGUAUCUAUGGCUGCUUCAGAAACGUCUACAAAGGAGUCGUUUUUCACCAGAUAUACGGGGAAAACAGGGGGCACUGCGAAAACGGGGGCGUCCAGACGUACAGCAAAGAAUAAACGUCGUGAGGAAAGGAAACGUGCGAGAGGUAAAAAGGGAACUAUCUACGAGGAAGAAUAUUUGAUUCAGUCUAUCAGCCGGUUGGUGGAAAGAGUCAACCAAACGGUUCCCGAAGCGGUAAGGCUUGUGGAGGGCCUCACAAGACGCGAUAUGCGCGAGCAAGCAUACCACAUCCAAAAGAAUUUCCUUGAACUGGUUUCACUUCUCAAAGAAAACGCCAACGAGGUUUUCACCAUGAGUGAAAAAGAUCGAGAAAGAAUCGACGAAGACGGUCAAGUGUACUAUAUUCCUGCAAUAGAUGCUCCUAAAAUCUUAGAAUUUCCCAAGAAAGAAUAUCUAGAUUUUUAG